CGUAUGCAAUUCUCGGUUACAAAGAGGAAACGACACGGGCUGCCCGGAGCGAGAGCACCGGCGCGGUAGCCGGCUAAAAGGGCGUCGUAGAUUUCUUGGCGAGAGCCAGAGAGGCGGGAGACACACCCCUAGCGUCGGCCUGAAACACUACAGCAGCGAAUUCUACCUAGGGAUUAAUGUGAGGGUAAGGAAAGACAAAUUUAAAUCGCCAUGAUUCAAAAACAACCACCCCGGGAGAGACCUACACGAAGGCCACGAAGCGGCUGAGAAACGCUCGCGGGUGGGGAAGCAUUCCCAAGCCAGCAUCGCCACCGCUCCGAGGCCGGGCUGGCCCGUGUUUUCGCGGCUCCACCUUGGACCUUUCCGGCUCGCCCGUGCACCGAGAGCAGCGGCGGCGACAGAAAGCCCCCUGCGGCUGCAAACAGCCGCGAAGCCACCACCGCCGGCAGAGGGGCAGGAUUCCUGCCAAGGCUCUCGGCUCCCAAACGGGGCGUGAGUGGGAGCGAGAGCAGCUCCGCAGAGAAAGUGGGUCUUACAUAAAGCGCCAUUUGCCACCUAUUAUGAUUUCCACCCGCUCACGGAAUACCCUCCAACUUGCCAAACAGAGCAUCCUGUAAUUUGGGGGUCCUCUUCCUUCAGCCGACUACACCACCAGUAUCCUCCACUGGCUCACUCUUUUGUCUGCUCACAGUGAAGCCCCUGGACCAGUAAUAUCUGUGUCACCUGCCGAUUGCCCUGGACAAAAUAAACUGGAAACUCUUGGAUAGGCCCCAGCCCUGGAUAACAAGCCCUCCAGAACGUCAUUCUUGAAUCAGAGGACCUGGAAUGGACAAAUGAGAAGCAAUGACAGUAGGACAGAUCAUGCACUCUAGAGGAAAACCAGGUGGCUGACUGAAAACCAAAGCACAAAGGAUUCCCUCAGAUCAAAUCGUUGCUUCAUGUAAAGUGCACUAUUCUGUUGGAAAGUUAAUGAAGAGUGUGAGUGAGGAGAGGAGGGGAGUAUAUUCAAUACCUGGAAACCCAUGUGGGUUGUAUUACUAGAAGAUGGGAUUGAAUUCUACAAGUGGAAACACGAGGCCAUGCCUUCAGGAAUGAUUCCCUUGCAAGGAAGCCAUGUGACCAGCCCUUGUCACGACUUUGGCAAAAGGAUGUUUGUAUUCAGGAUCACUACCAGCAAGAAUCAUCACGUCUACUUCCAGGCAGCUUUCCUGGAGGAGAGAGAUGCCUGGGUUCGAGAUAUCAAGAAAGCCAUUAAAUGUAUUGAAGGAGGCCAGAAGUUUGCAAGGAAAUCCACCAGGAGGUCUAUUCGGCUGCCAGAAACCAUUGACUUGGGUGCCCUGUAUUUGUCCAUGAAAGACGUGGAGAAAGGAGUGAAAGAACUGAAUCUAGAGAAAGAUAAGAAGAUUUUUAAUCACUGCUUCACAGGUAGCUGUGUCAUCGACUGGCUGGUAUCCAACCAGUCUGUUCGGAAUCGCCAGGAAGGCCUCAUGAUCGCCUCCUCACUGCUCAGUGAAGGCUACCUGCAGCCUGCGGGAGACCUGUCCAAGAAUGCCGCGGAUGGAACUGCUGAAAACCCCUUUCUGGACAAUCCCGAUGCCUUCUACUACUUUCCAGACAGUGGGUUCUUCUGUGAAGAGAAUUCCAGUGACGAUGAUGUGAUUCUGAAAGAGGAAUUCAGAGGGGUCAUCAUCAAGCAGGGAUGUUUACUGAAGCAGGGGCAUAGGAGGAAAAACUGGAAAGUGAGGAAGUUUGUUCUGAGAGAAGACCCUGCCUACCUGCACUACUACGACCCUGCUGGGGGAGAAGACCCCCUGGGGGCGAUUCACUUGAGAGGCUGUGUGGUGACUUCAGUGGAGAGCAGCCCACAUGGCAAGAAGAGUGAUACAGAGAACCUCUUCGAGAUCAUCACUGCUGAUGAAGUGCAUUAUUUCCUGCAAGCCGCCGCCCCCGAGGAGCGCACAGAGUGGAUCAAAGCCAUCCAGGCGGCCUCCCGCACUGGGAAGUGAGCGCAGCUGCAGCUGCGCAUCCCUCCCGAGGGAAGCUCCUCCAGGACCUGCCUGUUCCCGUGACAGACAGACGACCAGGAGAGGGCCCAGGGGUGGGAAGCUUCCAGGUGCACGGGGUUCUGAGUGCUGUCUCACCAUGUGCUGCACAAUGUUCACUGCACCUCCCCACUCACUGCAGCCCCUCAGUACCUCUCCACGUCCCCCGAGCAGAUAGUACAGCUGUGUGGCAUGGCGAGGCCAGUCCACCUCUCCAGACCUCCGGGCCGCUGCUGGGAAAUGGAGGAGCUGACCAAGGACCUUGCUGAGCCCCUGCCCUGCUUGAGAGGAAGCCCUGAGAUUCUAGUACCCAUGGACACGAGGCUGCCUCCGGUCAUCCUGCUGGUGUUGCUCCUCGGCUAGUCUUGGCCUUCAGCUGCUUUCGGAUGUGCCAGACCUGAGACAACCCUUCCCUUUGAAAUUUUUGCAAACUGAACUCUCAGUGCUAGGUAUGCACCUCUGUAGCGGCCUUCAGCUUGCUCUUGGCUAUGAAAUCAUGUAACAAAACGAAGGAGCUCUCUCUGUCCUUCCUCACCACUGCAAGCAAUGGUGGCUUUUAGGGUGAAGCUUCCUAUUCCUUUUCACGGUCUGGGAAGUGGAGUCUUUGGGAAGGGAUCUGAGGAAGUCAUGGGUAGCCGAGGGGCCUCUCCAUGUCCCGAAGCUCCCAGAGCAGGCGCAUCCUGCUGCCACAGAGGCUGAUCUCAGCGCGGGGGCGGGGGGUGGGGGGGGGUGGGGGAGGUGUGUGUGGGGGGCUCCCUUUGUGCCUCUUGGGAACAAUUUAUUAUCAUUAGGAGGAAGGAACCCAACUCUGUGUGAUUCUGCUUCAUUUAGAGUUUACAGAAAAAGAAGUCAUCAGCUGGGGCUUCCUCCAUGGUGAGGGGCCUGGGCAGCUGCCUGGCUAGCGUGUGCCCCCCAGCCGCAGAGGGUGGGAUUCAUAGGAUGACGGGCGUCUACAAAGCCAGUGCAGAUCUACAGAGAGCUCCCUGAGGUGGCCAUCGGCACUGUGCAGUACCUUCAAUGCUCCUGUCUGUGAUAUGGCUGUUGGGCCUGGCUUUUAAGCCCAGCAUCAGCUGCUGCUUGGGCUCUGAACAAUGCCUUGACCACAGCAGCAACCACAGUAAUAUGAUUUUGAUUCAAAUUGGGGAUUUGUUGACAGUUUCUCACCCUGAUACUCACUAGUGAUUCUUCUCCAAAAUUGAGGAUUGUGUGUGUGUGUGUGUGUGUGUGUAAAGGUAUAUUCUGUACCUCCAGAUAUUUAAUUUUAAGGUCCCAGUAAGGAAAGAAGAGUAGAAAAUCCUUCCUGAUUUUGUCAACUCCUCUCAUGCCCUCCCCCAAUUUCCCUCAACAGUCAUGAGGCUAUUCCCAGCCUAGGCUGUUUCGGGGACCCAGCUGUAAAGAACACUUUUUCUCCGGUUCUUAGCAGAGUGUCUUCACGGAACAGGCACAGCAGUGUUAAUGAUAUUUAUUAAUAUGCACUGAACCUUAUGUUUUGAAAUAAAUGUGACUGGGUUUAGA